CCCCUCUUUUUCUGUUCCCAUCUCCUCCAAACCUCCAUCCUACACCCCCCUCUUGCGCCGACCCUCUGCAAAACCCCAAUAUGACUGCUGAAGGCCUCACCCCGGAGCAACUCGCCUUCUUCCACGAGAACGGCUACCUCGUCCUACCCGACCACCUCACCCCGGCCGAGGUCCAGCGCUGCCUCACGGAGACCAACCACCUCCUCGACACCUUCCCGCUCGACACCCACCCGCUCACCCAGUUCACCACUGGCGACGACGACGAUGCCCAAAAGGAGCACGUUGGCGACGACUACUUCCUCACCUCGGGCGACAAGAUCCGGUUCUUCUUCGAGCCGGACGCCUUCCACCCGGACACACCGGGCACGCUCCUGAAACCCAAGCAGCAGGCCGUCAACAAGAUCGGCCACUCCCUGCACAGCCUGUCCGAUCCCUUCCGGGAGGUCAGCCUGACCCCGCGCAACGCCGCCAUCGCCCGCUCCCUCGGCUUCCAGGACCCCCGCGUCCUGCAGAGCAUGGUCAUCUGCAAGCAGCCCAGCAUCGGCGGCGCCGUGCCCAGCCAUCAGGACUCGGAGUUCCUGUACACGGACCCGCCCUCCGCCGUCGGCUGGUGGUUCGCGCUGCAGGACGCCUCCGUCGAGAACGGCACGCUCGGCAUGGUGCCCGGCUCGCACCGCCGGAACGGCAUCCAGCGCCGGUUCGUGCGCCGCGUGCCCGAUGGCAGUCGCGGCACGGAGUUCGUGGAGAACACCGGCGCCCGGGUGCCGAAGGGGUUGGUUGAGGAUGCCGCGCAAAAGGAGGGCGAGGUGCAGUUGUUGGAUAUCAAGGCCGGCUCGUUGGUGCUCAUUCAUGGCAAUGUCCUGCAUCAGAGCUCGAGGAAUACGAGCCCCCGGAGUCGCUUCGCGUAUACGUUUCAUGUCAUCGAGGGGGCCGACGGGUGGGUGUAUGAUGAGCGCAAUUGGUUGCAGCCGCCUGAGAAUGGGGAGGGGUUUACGCGGUUGGUUUAGGGAUUCCAUGCUGGUGGGUAGGGGAUGGGGAUGGGGUUGUACAUUCUUAAUUUCAUUAUGUGGAAGGGCAGUGUGGCUGCAGUAAUUGUAUAUGCAAAAACAGAGAGUUGGUUUGUCAAUUGUGUGGAUAGUUUGUAUACCUUCACGCCUAUUUGCCUCUUCAUGGCCCCUUCCCGAACCCUGCUGCGGCGCCCGCCGCGGUCUUCGCUGACUACUA